AUGAGCAAGAUCUUAAAAGGUUUUAGAUAUUCUUUGAAAGCCAUAAAAGACGCUCUUUCAUCCCUUCGAGCAAACAUUAAGCUUGAAAAUAUUGAUCUCAAUUUAUCAAUCACUCCACGGCUCACCAAGUUACAAAAUGACUUGGCUGCUGAAAACAAGAUUAUGGAUGCUCUGGCAGAGCAAAGACAGAAAACAAAGGUUCUUAAUGAAAAGAUGAAGAAUGCUUCAACUACUAUUCAAAAUCUUGAAGAAGAUAAACUUUUUUUUAAAUCUCAUCCAGGGUGUUUUAGGAAGCGAGGCUUCUUUGAAACAAGGGGGAGAAGAGGAGAAAUCUUGAAAAGGGCAUCUGAUCCGAAGGAUAAUGAAGCUUCUGGAUUUGGAAAGGGAAAAGUUGUUUCUAAAGAGGAUAUCGAAGAAAAUGUAGUUAUGACUGAAUUAGAAAAAGAAGCAAGAGAAAGAAGAGACAAAGAGCUUGAUGAACUCGAUGCUCUCAGGCAAAAAGUUGAUGCAAAAGAGGCUGAUAUCAAAAAUACAAAACCAAUUCUUGAAAAUCAAAAAUCCUUGUUUCCUGCCUGGUCUCUUGAAAGGAUUCAAAAAGAAGCUAUUGACGAUCUGAAUCUCUACUGGUUGGAGCCAACAACCUCCUUUAACACAAAUAAUGAUGUGGAGUGUCAAUUGGAUCUGCCUAUCACUCCAAGGGUGUUUCUUUUCCAACGUUUCAAAAAGAUAAAAAAAAUCAUCAAUCUCCAAUAG